GAUGAUUCUUGUGUGAGCAGCAGACACACCGUGGUGCGUCUUUACGCUCGGAGAUCAUCCAGUCCUGAUCCCCUCACCGCUUCUCUCUCUUGUUUGUCCCACAGCAGCCUCACCUGCGAAGCCACAGCGGAGGACAGCGGAGCUCCUCAGCGGACACUUUGCUGACCGAGAGGCACCGGGCGGGCAGACAGAUACCUCAGUGUACUUUUACCAUGGAGGAGAGCCCGGCAGAGUAACUUCCAGCAGCCUACAGUAUCCACAGCCAGACUGUCAGAGAGGACACCGAUCUUCACAAUGACCCGUUAAAUUCCUGCUGCCGAUGCUUUCUUUAGAGAGUGGAUUGACCAUCUCCUAACAGCAGAGGAGACGAGCAGAGGCCUUUAUUCGUUUAUUUCAGUCUUCAGAUGGACCGAGUGCCCUCGGCACUGGCCGCUAAGAUGCGCUGGAUCACGCUGAUGCUUGCCGGCUUGACUUUCUGGGGCAAAGUGACUAUUUCUAACUGUUUCGACUACGAUGAGCCAGACUAUGACUAUUAUGAAGAGGAGAGAGCGGAGACCAUUGACUACAAAGACCCAUGCAAAGCUGCUGUAUUCUGGGGCGACAUCGCUUUAGACGAGGAGGACCUGCGAAUGUUCCAGAUUGACAGGACGAUAGACCUCACACAGCACACACACAUGCGCACACACUCCCGGCAGGGGCACACAUCUGGUGGCCUGGAGGAACAUGAAAUUGCAAAGAAGAGAGGCUCAUUAUACCUGCUGCUGGAAAGAAUACGUAGAUUUGGCUUCGACUAUCUCCCCAAGAACGUCAGCAAGGGAGCUGCCAGUACCAAGAGCCAAACUGGGAAAGGUGGAAGAGCUGGGAGCGUCGCAAAGAGCCGUAUUCCUCGAGCAGCCACAUCCAGAGCUGAGAGGAUAUGGCCUGGAGGAGUCAUUCCCUACGUCAUAGGAGGAAACUUCACUGGUAGUCAGAGGGCCAUGUUUAAGCAGGCCAUGCGUCACUGGGAGAAACAGACGUGCGUAACUUUCAUUGAGAAGACAGACGAGGAAAGCUACAUAGUGUUCACCUACAGGCCCUGCGGGUGUUGUUCCUAUGUGGGUCGUCGUGGCAACGGGCCCCAGGCUAUCUCCAUCGGUAAGAACUGUGACAAGUUUGGCAUCGUGGUGCACGAACUGGGCCACGUCAUUGGCUUCUGGCAUGAGCACACACGACCUGACCGUGACGAUCAUGUGACCAUCAUCCGGGAUAACAUCCAACCAGGCCAGGAGUAUAACUUCCUCAAGAUGGAGCCAGGGGAGGUCAACUCUCUUGGGGAGCCAUAUGAUUUUGAUAGCAUCAUGCACUACGCCAGGAACACCUUCUCACGGGGGAUGUUUCUCGACACCAUCCUUCCAUCUAGAGAUGAAAAUGGCGUCCGGCCUGCUAUUGGCCAGCGGACCAGGCUCAGUAAAGGAGACAUUGCACAGGCAAGGAAGCUGUAUAGAUGUCCAGCAUGUGGAGAGACGCUCCAAGAGUCAACGGGCAACUUUUCGUCUCCUGGUUACCCCAACGGAUACCCAUCAUACACACACUGUGUCUGGAGAAUAUCUGUUACGUCCGGAGAGAAGAUUGUUCUCAACUUCACCACCAUGGAUCUGUAUAAGAGCAGUCUGUGCUGGUAUGACUACAUUGAGGUUCGGGAUGGAUACUGGAGGAAAGCUCCGCUGCUCGGCAGGUUUUGUGGAGAUAAAGUUCCUGACGUCUUGAUUUCCACUGAUAGCAGAAUGUGGAUUGAGUUCCGCAGCAGCAGCAACUGGGUGGGGAAGGGCUUUGCUGCCAUUUAUGAAGCAAUCUGUGGGGGGGAGAUCACCAAGGACUCAGGACAGAUUCAGUCUCCAAACUACCCUGAUGACUACAGACCCUCCAAAGAGUGUGUGUGGAGGAUCACGGUGUCCGAAGGCUACAACGUCGGGCUCAGCUUCCAGGCCUUUGAGAUCGAGAGGCACGACAGCUGUGCGUACGACUACCUGGAGGUUCGGGAUGGCCCUCUGGAGACAAGUCCCCUGAUUGGUCGCUUCUGUGGCUACGACAAACCUGAGGAUGUGCGCUCCACGUCACACACCCUCUGGAUGAAGUUUGUCUCAGACGGGACGGUGAACAAGGCCGGCUUUGCUGCAAACUUUUUCAAAGAGGAGGAUGAGUGUGCCAAACCAGACAAUGGUGGAUGUGAACAGAGGUGUGUAAACACUCUCGGCAGCUUCAAGUGUGCCUGUGACCCUGGCUAUGAACUAGCUCCUGACAAGAAGAGCUGUGAAGCGGCAUGUGGUGGUCUUCUCUCUAAGCUGAAUGGGACGAUCAGCACUCCAGGUUGGCCUAAAGAGUAUCCACCAAACAAGAACUGUGUGUGGCAGGUGGUCGCUCCCACUCAGUAUCGCAUCUCCAUGCAGUUUGAGGCCUUUGAGCUGGAGGGGAACGAGGUCUGUAAAUACGACUACGUGGAGGUGCGGAGCGGCCUCUCGUCUGACUCUAAGCUACAUGGGAAAUACUGUGGCACCGAGGUCCCUGAGGUCAUCACCUCUCAAUACAAUAACAUGAGAAUUGAGUUCAAGUCUGACAACACCGUCUCCAAGAAAGGCUUCAAGGCUCACUUCUUCUCAGACAAAGAUGAGUGCAGCAAGGACAACGGCGGCUGCCAGCACGAGUGCAUCAACACAGUGGGCUCUUACGUUUGUCAGUGUCGCCAUGGCUUUGUACUGCAUGAGAACAAACAUGACUGUAAGGAAGCUGAGUGUGAGCAUAAGAUCCACAGCCCCAGUGGGACCCUGAGCAGCCCUAACUGGCCAGACAAGUAUCCCAGCCGUAAGGAGUGCACCUGGGACAUCACAGCCACACCGGGGCACCGAGUCAAGAUUACCUUCAACGAGUUUGAGAUCGAGCAGCAUCAGGAGUGUGCGUAUGACCAUCUGGAGGCCUUCGAUGGGGACAGUGACACGGCAGCCAUCUUGGGUCGACUGUGUGGCAGUAAAAUCCCAGAGCCUCUGGUCUCCACCGGAAACAAGAUGUACCUCCGCUUCAUCUCUGACGCUUCAGUACAAAGGAAGGGUUUCCAAGCUACACACUCCACAGAGUGUGGAGGUCGUCUGAAAGCAGAAGCUCGUCAGAAGAACCUCUACUCUCACUCCCAGUUUGGAGACAACAAUUACCCAGGUCACACUGACUGUGAGUGGCUGCUGACGGCUGAACAGGGUUACGGCAUCGAGCUGAGCUUCAUCACGUUUGAGGUAGAGGAGGAAGCUGACUGUGGUUAUGACUACAUCGAGCUGUACAACGGGUACGACGCUAACUCACAUCGACUCGGCCGCUUCUGCGGUUCAGGGCCUCGGGAGGGGAUUUACUCGCCCGGAGACGCCAUGCUGAUUCGUUUCCAUAGCGAUGACACAAUCAGCAAGAAGGGCUUCCACAUCCGCUAUACGAGCACCAAGUUCCAGGAGAGCCUUCACACCAGGAAAUGACCUCACACGUAGCCCGUGACCUCUGACCUCUGUGCAGCCCCGCCACUGUUACCCUGACCUUUGCCAUGGCAACGAGAAAAGUACAGCCUGUCCCCUCUUCUCGGACAGAUGUGGACGUUUGUGGACGUUGGCCAGCCACGGGAGGAAGACAACACUUUGGUGAACAUUCGUCUCCCUCUGUGGCUCCACACAGGUCAUCGCACCCUGAGAUGAGACAGGAAAAACAACGAGAUAUCAAUACGAGUUUCAACAAACGUGGGGAAAUGUGCUGAAAACUGAGUGAGCCGUUUUUGUGGAGGGCAUGGUUUUCAUUACUGCACAUCAAGAUUCCCUUGUUCAGUGUGGACAGAGGGUCGCAGAAGAUCCAAAUUAGUUUACUGAGAUACUAACGGUUGCACAAGUGCAAACAAAAGACGACCAACACACACACACACACACACACACACACACACACACACACACACACACACACACACACACACUAGAUUCAUAUUCAGAGUUAUAAACUAUGGAUGCUAAAGGAACUAAAGAGCUACAAGAAAAUGCAUCCAGGAGUCUUUUCUGGCUCCUUAAUCCUUGACCUGUGCGACUUACUGUGAUCAGACGGCUGCUCAUCACCCACAGUAACUGAAAGGAAACACUAAACAGACAUUUUUAUUGCCUUUGAUGCCUGGGAACUGGUCACUUCAACCCAGCUCAGAAUGGCUGCAGAUGGUUUUAUUUCAUGUCUUAUUGUAAAACCCAUUGUGUUUACUGUAUGUGUGUGUUUGUGUG